AUGGCGAAUCUGGCGACCACCCUCGGAGACGUGCUGGUGAACACGAAGGGCGGCAAGUUCGUCUCCCUAAGGCGGGUGAACCUCUGCGUGGAGCCGGACGAAACCGCGCGGGAGCACUUCGAGAAGGUGGAGCGGAAGCUCCUCGUGGCCUCCGAGGUCGAGGCACGCCUGCAGAGCUGCCUGAAGACCAGCCAGCGGGGCAGCAGCUUCCUGAAGCUGAAGCUCAACUGGGACCGCGUCCGCUUCUUUCUGGGACGCCGAGGGUCCGCGACGCGCGGGAACGCGAGCCGACCGCGGCGACGUGCCCGUUUGACUGACGGGCGGCCAGUCGGCGCAGCUGUCCCGACCCAACGGGCCCUGACCCGGGCGGGGCAGUUCUACUACCAGCUCGUGGGGCAGGCAGUUCGACGAGGAGCAGCCGCUCCCUCGGACUACGUCCUGCUGCGCAGCGGCGUCAAGAAGCUCGUGCGCACGCUCGCCCCCGACAGCAACUACCAUUUGACAAAGCUCGGGAAGGCCUUCUGGGACAAGUACACGGAGUGGCUGGCCCACACGCCGGUCCGCAUUCGGGGGCAGAACGACGGCCUGUCCGAGGCGCAGGCGGCGCGCAACGUCAAGCAGGCGGCGCUGUCCAAGCUGGGCGUGGACGACGACGGCGCCUUCUCCACGCUCCUGGAGCUUUCGGGCGAGCAAUACUUGCUCGACAAUAGCAGGGAGUGGACUCUGAGCUUUCAGACCACCCAGGCGGUCGACGACAGGGUCGUGGUGGAGAUCAGCCUGCGGCAGGUCCUGGGCGCACUAUCGCAAGUCUCGUACCAGCUCUGGAAGGGCGACGAGAUCCUGGAGUCCGCCUUCGAGCGGCAGUGGGACAAGCUGUGCGUCCCCCGGCAGCUGGCGGAGCUGCUGAAGCUCCCUCUGACGGAGGUGCUUUCGGACUUCGACACCAUCUGUGAGCGGGGCUGGCAGGAGCGCGGCGUGAGCCUCAAGGACAUCCGCAAGUUCUGCGUCUGGCGGGGAGCGCCCAUGUUCUUCGUGAACUGCAGGGGGCAGCUGAUGGGCGACCAGCCGGUGGAGAAAGAGGCACGGGCCGUGGCCUUCACGGCCUGGGACGGGUACCGGGCAGAGCGACGAGACUCCACAGCGCCGGAGUUCGCCCGGUGGCUGGAAUGGGACGGACAACUGCGUGCGGGCUACUUCUGGACUCGGGACCUGCGCAAGGCCCAGGGUGGAUUUGCUCUCGGAGGGCCACUGCCCCAAGGUGGCCAUGAGGAGCCUGCGCGAGUGGAGGGCCCAGGCGACGCCGACUGCGUCAUCAACGAGCUACCGGAGGAAGCGGCAGAUCUGCAGGCAUGGACGCAGAGGCUGGGCUUGAAGUACCGCGGGCAGAGGGAGCAGAUCCUGGCGGCGCAGGGCGGGCUGCGCAAGCUCUGCGGGGCGUUCGUGGGGCUGGGCACAUGCGAGUUCGACCACGUGGUCCCGGUGCACCAGGCCUUCAGGGGCCAGAUCCAGGAGCUGCAGGAGCAAGCAUAG